UCAAUCGCAGCAACCAUGUCUCUCAUUCACGCUCUGGUCGCCCGUGGCUCCACUAUUCUUGCUGAGCAUCAGGCUGGCAAGCGCAACUUCUCUCAAGCAACGGAGAAGAUCCUGUCCAAGAUCCCCCCGAACGACAGCAAGCUGACCUAUGUCUGGGAGGAAUACUUGUUCCACUAUAUCAAGGAGGGCGGGUUGACGUAUUUGGUCAUGGCGGACGAUUCGGCAGGACGACGGAUGCCUUUCGCAUUUCUUGCCGACCUUCAGCGAAAGUUCCUCGGUGCCCCCUCCUCUUCCGGGUCCUCCGAAUUGCCCGCGCACGGUUUGCAAGGCUCCUUUGGGCCUACGAUUGCCGCGUUAAUGAAUACAUACAACACUGCACCACCAGAAGAUGCCCUCGCCCAAGCCCAGAACCAGCUUAACCAAGUCAAGGACAUCAUGGUGCAGAAUGUUGAACAAAUCCUUAGCCGUGGCGAACGUAUUGAGCUUUUGGUCGACAAAACUGAUGUCAUGGCUGGUCAAGCGACUGCUUUCCGUCGUGGCGCUCGCACUGUUCGUCGCCAAAUGUGGUGGCGGAAUUCCAAGAUCACUGCAUUGUGCUUCUUAGUGGGUCUGGUCUUUCUCUGGAUCCUUGUUGCGCAAUUCUGUGGCGCUGGUCUGAAUCAAUGCUCAUCAAAAAGCAAGCCUGCAGACCUUGCCCCAUAG